AUGGGCAAGGGCGCCUCCCGGGCGAACGCUCCCUGCUUCUGUCCCGGCUCCGUGCUGGUGGAAGAACCUCGCGCCUCGGCGCUAGGCUCUGACCUGAAGGAAAGUUUCUGUCAGUGUUUCCAGCAGAACAAAGAGACUCUGGGCCGUGACUUCCUUCCUGAUCUCCUCACAUCAGACUCAAACCCCUCAGGGCCAUCCCACGCACUGCACUGUCCCCCUGCGGCACCUUCUAAUCAGCACCACACUGUUUGUCCCCAAGAGGCACCGGGCUCAGUGGAGUACGCAGAGCUGAACGGGGAGCUGCAGCCUGAUGUCAACAGUUAUCCUCUGAAGCACUACCACCAGGAGCUGCCAGUGCCUGUCGACUGA